CUGAGAGCAGGCUAUAUGGUCUUAAAAUAUCCUCUUUAAAACAAAACUAAAGGCUGAGUGCUGAGGUGUUCGCCGGCCGGCCGGCCAGAGUAGGUUGUGGGAGAUGGUGGAGUAUCUGGCCUCCAUCUUCAGUACCAAGAAAGACAAAGUCAACUGUUCUUCUUAUUUCAAAAUUGGAGCAUGUCGUCAUGGAGACCAGUGUUCUCGAUUGCACAAUAAACCAUCAUUUAGCCAGACCAUUGCCAUCUUGAACAUUUACCGUAACCCUCAAAACUUUCCUGCUGACGGUUUGCACUGUGCAGUGAGCGAUGUUGAAAUACAAGAACAUUAUGAUGAAUUUUUUGAGGAGGUCUUUACAGAAAUGGAAGAAAAAUAUGGUGAAGUAGAGGAGAUGAAUGUCUGUGAUAACCUUGGAGAUCAUCUGGCUGGAAAUGUAUAUGUAAAGUUUCGAUGUGAAGAAGAUGCAGAAAAGGCUGUGAUUGAUCUGAACAAUCGCUGGUUUAAUGGGCAGCCAAUUCACACUGAGCUCUCCCCUGUGAUGGAUUUCAGAGAAGCUUUCUGCCACCGGUAUGAAAUGGAGUGUACACGGGGAGGUUUCUGUAAUUUUAUGCAUUUGAAACCUAUUUCUCGGGAAUUGCAACGUGAGCUCUGUGGCUGCCGCCACAAGAAGCAUAGAUCCAGGUCAAGGUCCCGUGAGCGUAGUUCUAGAUCUGAGCAUUGCUCUAGAUCCAGAGAUCGUGGUUGUGGAGGUGGAGGCUGAGAGCGUGAU